CGCCGCCGCGCGAGCUCCGGAGUGGGCUGCGGUCACUGCGCGUCCCGGCGCCGGGCCGACACCGGCCGGGUGGGCGGCGAGGAGUGCGCUAGCGGGACGCCGGGGGCUUCGGCGCUGGCCAGCCCGGCCCAGCGCGUUCGGCUGGGAAACUUCUGUGGGCGCAAGGCCGGAGCUCUGCGCAGGGUCGGGGAAGGAAAGGGCUCUUUAGAGUGCCUAAUUUAAAAUCUCUUUCAUGAGAAGCCACAUGAUUGGAGCCAGCGUAGAGGCUUCCGUACAGAAGUUCUGCUCUACCCUGACCACUGUGUGACCUGGGACAAAUUAGUUGGCCUCUCUAAGUGUCGAAUUUUUCAUCUGUGAAGAGUGAAUAACAUUGUCAAACAGUAUCUCUCAGAGGGUGGGCCAUGAAAGGCCAUGGACUGAUGCCUCAGAAUCGUGGGGGGGAUUGUCAAGAUGCCGGCACAUAGGCCCGACCCCGCCCUCAGAGAUUCUGACUCCGUACGCCUGCACACCGCUUAUGAAUCUGCAUUUUUAGUCACUGUCCCAAGAGAUUCUGAGGAAACCACAAAAUAUUUGUGGACUAGAUCUGAAUCAGGAGCCCAGAUGUACUUAAAGAAGCUAGCAUGGGAUUUUUAGGUUUUCAAGAUCCAUACACACAAAACCCUUAAUCACUACAACCCCAGUGUCCAGGCUGUCUCUGGUUUUAUAAAGACGUAGUGAAACUCUGAGGAUGGAAAAGCAAAGGACUUAAUUACUUGCUUCAAUAUCAUCGAAUGUCAACUGAAAAGUGAACCAGACAGAAGUACAGCCAUGGAGAGAAAUUCAAGUCUAUGGAAGAACCUGAUAGAUGAACACCCAGUCUGCACCACCUGGAAGCAAGAGGCCGAAGGAGCCAUUUAUCAUCUUGCCAGUAUUUUAUUUGUAGUAGGUUUCAUGGGCGGCAGUGGAUUCUUCGGGCUCCUUUACGUCUUCAGUUUGCUGGGGUUGGGUUUUCUCUGCUCUGCUGUCUGGGCUUGGGUAGAUGUCUGUGCAGCUGACAUAUAUUCCUGGAAUUUUGUACUGUUUGUCAUCUGCUUCAUGCAAUUUGUUCACAUUGCGUAUCAAGUUCGCAGCAUAACUUUUUCCCGAGAAUUCCAGCUAUUGUACAGCUCCCUUUUUCAGCCUCUGGGGACGUCUUUGCCCGUCUUCAGAACAAUUGCUCUGAGCUCUGAAGUGGUUACUUUGGAAAAGGAACACUGUUAUGCCAUGCAGGGGAAAACCUCCAUUGAUAAACUCUCCCUGCUUGUUUCGGGAAGGAUCAGAGUGACGGUUGAUGGCGAAUUUCUGCAUUACAUUUUCCCCUUCCAGUUCCUGGACUCUCCGGAAUGGGACUCACUGAGACCCACAGAAGAAGGCAUUUUUCAGGUAACCCUCACAGCAGAAACUGAUUGUCGAUAUGUGUCUUGGAGGAGAAAGAAAUUGUAUUUGCUCUUCGCUCAGCAUCGUUACAUCUCCCGCCUGUUUUCAGUUUUAAUUGGCAGUGACAUUGCAGAUAAACUCUAUGCCUUGAAUGACAGGGUAUAUACAGGAAAAACAUACCACUACGAUAUUCGGUUACCCAACUUCUAUCAAAUGUCAAGUCCAAAAAUACGCAAAUCACCCCUGACAGAACAUUUCCGGAAUUCCAGGCAGUAUUGUGAUAAAUGACAUCGAAGUCGGAAGUUUUAUAAUUAUAGAAAAGACCCUCUUCAUCAUUCCCCAAAUGAAACACAGAAAAUCGUGCUCACUAACAUUUUUACAAAUCAAACUCAGAGGCAAGAUGCCACCAUCGGCUGUUUUACUCAUCUCAACUUCUGCAUCAUGAAUAAAGUUUACAAAUUUC